AUCAAUUCCUUGUGUCGUCUAGUAUCGGUCGUUCAGUUGUGUACGUCGCACUAAAAUUUUGUUUCUAAACUGAUUGUGAAAAUUUUAAUCGUCCGUUCGUAACAUUUUCGGAAGUACAAAGAAUUUUGGGUCAAAAAAAAGCAAAACAAAAGAAUACCCUUAUAUUUUGGAUCCGGAAAGGAGAGAUAGAGAGUGGAUAGAAAAAAAGAAACCAACGAACACCACGCUUAAUAAGAAAAGAAACAAAAGAAAUAACUAAGAAAAACGCAUUCAAAUUUCAAGUCGACGAAGAAAUUUUGGAAUUUUUUGUUUAUAACAUCAUUCACUAUAUUUCGUUCAUUCGUUUCAAACAAUGAUUGCGAAUUUUCUGGGCAAUGGCUCAAAAGCAGCAGCAGCAGCGGCGGCGGCAGCGGCAGCAGCAGUAGCAGCGGCAGCAGCUUCAUCAACAACAACAGCUGCUUCGAGUUUCUAUAAGAAGCAUCCUUUGACCCGGGAAUUCAAAAUGGCGGAAGGUAAUGGCGAACUACUAGAUGACAUUAAUCAGAAAGCCGAUGACCGUGGUGAUGGCGAACGUACAGAGGAUUAUCCAAAAUUAUUGGAGUACGGCCUGGACAAAAAGGUCGCUGGAAAACUGGAUGAAAUCUACAAAACCGGCAAACUUGCUCAUGCCGAGCUUGAUGAGCGCGCCUUGGACGCGCUCAAGGAGUUUCCCGUUGAUGGUGCCUUGAAUGUGCUGGGUCAGUUCCUUGAAUCGAAUCUGGAACAUGUAUCAAAUAAGUCUGCCUACUUGUGUGGUGUAAUGAAGACCUACCGCCAAAAGAGUCGAGCCAGUCAGCAGGGUGUCCCGACGCCCGCUCCUGCUGUUCAAGUCAAGGGUCCGGAUGAGGAUAAAAUCAAAAAAAUUCUUGAACGCACCGGCUACACAUUGGACGUGACGACAGGUCAACGCAAAUAUGGUGGUCCGCCCCCAAACUGGGAAGGCAAUGUCCCGGGAAAUGGCUGCGAAGUUUUCUGCGGAAAAAUACCCAAAGACAUGUUUGAAGAUGAGCUCAUACCCCUGUUCGAGAACUGCGGCACAAUUUGGGACCUACGCCUCAUGAUGGACCCGAUGACGGGCACAAAUCGUGGUUAUGCAUUUGUCACCUUCACAAAUCGCGAUGCGGCCAUCAAUGCAGUGCGACAGCUAAAUGAUUUUGAAAUUCGGAAAGGCAAAAAGAUUGGUGUUACGAUAUCAUUUAACAAUCACCGGCUAUUUGUCGGCAAUAUACCUAAGAAUAGAGAUCGCGACGAAUUAAUUGAGGAAUUUUCUAAACAUGCACCUGGUCUCUACGAGGUAAUCAUAUACAGUUCUCCAGAUGAUAAGAAAAAGAAUCGCGGUUUCUGUUUUCUUGAAUAUGACUCACAUAAGGCGGCUUCAUUGGCCAAACGAAGACUUGGCACUGGUAGAAUUAAGGUAUGGGGAUGUGAUAUAAUAGUCGACUGGGCCGAUCCACAGGAGGAGCCAGAUGAACAAACUAUGUCCAAGGUUAAAGUGCUAUAUGUGCGAAAUCUAACACAGGAUGUCUCUGAAGACAAACUGAAGGAACAAUUCGAGCAAUAUGGCAAAGUAGAACGCGUUAAGAAGAUUAAAGACUAUGCCUUUAUACACUUUGAGGAUCGUGAUAGCGCCGUCGAAGCUAUGCGUGGCCUUAAUGGCAAGGAGAUCGGCGCCUCGAAUAUUGAGGUCUCACUCGCCAAACCUCCCUCAGAUAAAAAGAAAAAAGAGGAAAUUCUGCGUGCACGUGAACGUCGUAUGAUGCAAAUGAUGCAGACGCGUCCCGGUUUAGUGGGAUUUGAAACAUUGUCUCCAUACAGAAACCUAUCGCCGACACAUCCCAGCAUGAUGUCGAUGCCGCCAAUGCGCCUUCCAAGUGCUCGCAUGCCUCUGCGCACACCGAUGCCACGUGAAUACGAAUAUGAUUAUGACUAUUUCGGUUUCUCGGAAUUCCGGCCGCCGACUACUACUGGCGGCUAUACCGCCGCCGAGCCCGCCUACUAUGAGGAUGUCUAUCGGCAGUAUGAGAAUGAUUACACUUACUAUGAUUAUGCGGCCAGUAUGGGAGGCGUUGCGGCCAGUGCUUUGGCCGGUGGCGGCAAUGGUUUGGCCGUGGCCAGUCCAUCGGUGGUCAGUCUGCCGGCAUCGGCAGCUGUCAAUUCACCCUUGGCCGGGGGUACGCAACGUCUGGCCAGAGCACCACAACACAGUCAAUCAAUGAAUAAUCCGGCCAGUUCUCCGGGCGUUAUGGGGGUUGGUCGUGGGCAUGGAAUCACAGUGCAGCGUGGCCGAGUCGUUGGCCAGCGUGGCAGCAUCAGUCGUCUGGGGGCCCAAACAACGUCACAGGCGGUGGCAGCGGCGGCGGCGGGACAGGUGGUGGCGGCGGCAGUAGCUCAGCGGGGGGCCACCGUUCAGGGGGCGCCGGCAGCAACCGGGGGGGUCCGUGGGGUGGUACCAACGCGUGCAAGCGCUCGUGGCACCCAUCACGUUAAGCCGCUACAAACUUUACCAGUAGUCGGUAAACGUAAGUUCGAUGGAGGUCACCAAAAUCCGGCAGAUGUUAAGCGACGUUACCCAAGCGGUUUAAUAGGAAAUGGCGGCAGUUGGGGCAGUUUACCGCUACCACAGCAACCUCUAGGCACAAAUGGUGAACAGUGGUACAUGGAUACGUUUUCGGCAUGGAGUUAAAAACCAACAACAACAGCAACAACAACAGCAACACACAGUUAAAGCAA